UGACGUCAUAGCAGCGGUGUGACGUAAACCAAGAUGGUGGCUGUUAUUGAGUCGAGAGAGAGGGGAGCUUUGCCUCAUCCCACUAGCUGAAAAAUCUAAUCUUGGAUGGUUCCUGCCUCUUUCCCUACGUCCCCAAAUGGUGGACAGUAUGGUAGCUGGCAAUGGAGGUCAGCCGCAGUUCAUUAUGGGUGGAUCGAGCCCCGAUGAAAACGACUUGGACGUGAACCCCUUAGCUCAUUUCUCUUCUCCUCCGUGGCUCGAGAACGAUGACCCUACGAUUAUAUUCCAUCGCGUUAAUUCCGACCAAAUAAUUUAUUCUCCGCGUGCAAAGCGAGCUAAACUUGUCGGAAAAUAUUUGAUGGGAGACAUGCUUGGAGAAGGCUCCUAUGGAAAGGUCAAGGAAAUGUUAGAUUGUGAGAACCUUCGGAGGUGUGCUGUCAAAAUUUUGAAAAAGCGACGGUUAAGACGAAUACCUAACGGCGAGCAAAAUGUAAAAAGGGAAAUUCGUUUACUUAAGCGUUUGAAUCAUAAAAAUGUUAUACAGCUUUAUGAUGUUAUUUACGACGAAGUAAAACAAAAAAUGUAUAUGAUAUUUGAGUAUUGUGUGGGUGAGUUACAAGAGAUGCUGGAAAGUGUUGAUGACCGCAAGUUUCCAAUAUCUCAAGCACAUGGGUACUUUUGCCAGUUGAUGGAUGGCCUAAAGUAUCUUCAUUGUCAAGGCGUUGUACAUAAAGAUAUCAAGCCAAGUAACCUACUCUUGUCUACAGAUGGCACUCUGAAGAUUUCUGAUCUAGGCGUUGCAGAGAGACUCAGUCCAUUCAGUGCAGAUGACACUUGUCGCACUAGUCAAGGAUCACCAGCCUUUCAACCUCCUGAGAUAGCUAAUGGGCUUGAGACCUUCUCAGGGUUUAAAGUGGAUAUAUGGGCUGCAGGGGUUACACUAUACAAUAUAACAACAGGGAAAUACCCUUUCGAAGGUGACAAUAUAUACAGGCUAUUUGAGAAUAUUGGCAAAGGGGAAUUCUCAAUCCCUGAUGAAGUAGAUGAUUCUUUAUCCGACUUAUUAAAAGGUAUGCUGAAUCCAGAUCCUGAGAAAAGACUCACUAUCGAGCAAAUACGAAACCACAGAUGGGUGAUAAAGACCCACCCUCUACCUCGUGAUCCUGUGGCUAUCCCUCCUCUCGGUGGGGAUGAGGUGCGGGGGAUGACAGUCAUUCCAUAUCUAGAGGACCUGCAUAGCUCUUCGGAGCACCUCAACCAAGAGGGUGAAUCGACUGAUGACCUAAAAUUAACUGUUUCUGAAUCAAGCAAGAAAAAGUCCAAGCUCAAAAGGCCAAGCUUUGGUUCUUGUCGGACGCAAUGACAUCUUUCACUUCAAUUUAUACAGUCAGUGGCUAUAUGGCUAGAAAUAUGGGCAUGUCGUUCAGUCAAGAAAAUGUUUCAUAAAAAUCAUUUCCAUGCUUGUAAUACUGCACUUAUAUAUACUAUUUUCACUACUCAAAUGAAGCUGUAAGAUAAUUUAUCCAAAUAAUACAUUUUGGUGUCAAAACUUCUUCUUAGUGUCAGACGUUCCCUCCCUACAAGAUGAGUGUGACAGUAAGAGCAAUAAUAAGCAGACACUAUGUUUGCCAAGGCUCUGAUAAAAUUUGAAACAUGUUCUUGUUAUUUUUUAAAGUGAAACUUUAAAUUUAUUUUAAUAUUUGAUGUUCAAUUAUUGUAUGAAGGCAUUGUAACCUUCUGUCUGGAUAACGCGAAUUUCAGCUUUUGGAGGUGGAAGUUACUUGGAAAAUGUUACAAUAAAACCAUACUUUUCCUUCAGCCACAACAUGUUACCCUUGGAUCCUACAUCGGGUAGGUACGUUAUAUAUGAUACAUAGUAAUGAACCGACAACAGAAUGUCAAAAGAACAAAGAAAGUAUGGAUAAACGAAAGUCUAAAGAACAAUAGAAUUACAUUUCAGAACAAUAUAUAAUAUCAUAUAUAAUGUACCUACCCUAAAUCAAGACCAGAGACCCCUUUGGAUUUUUUGCAGCUUUUGUUCAUAAUACUUCUCUACCAACUUUCUUAAUACUUUUAAAUACACAUCUUAUUCAAAUCAUGAUCACUCAAGAAACAAUGUAAAAUACAGUAUCCACAUUUUGAGGGGAAUCAAGUUGUUUCGACACAGUAACGUUUGAAGAAACAUAUGAAUGAACUACUUUUAAAUGUAGGGAAAAGAAAUUUUUUCUCAGGAAAUUUAUUUGUAAAUAUAAAAAAAAAUUAUAUGACAUUAUAUGUUUCUUUCAGUUGAAAGCUGUAGCCUGUUACAGGUUGCAUAAUGUAAGGUCCAUCUAAUAUACAAUUUUUUUAUGAGCUCCAUAUGCAAAUGUUAUUUUAUUUGGAGUGGGUCUUUAAGUUCUGAUGACUAGAUGAACAUAUAUAAUACUUUCUUUGCUUUUAUUGUGUAACAAUACAAAGAAUAGGGAAAAGCCUUUUUAUCUAAUAGUAGUGUUGAAUUUUCUUCCUCUAUUCCCUACUCUUACUCCAAUAAAGUAUUUUUUUGUUGA